GUGGAUCUCAGCCAGCCAGCCAGCCGCCCGCCCGCCCGCCUGCAACGACCGGACGGACCACCCCUGCGACCGCCGCACCACAUCGCCGCCUCCUCCCUCCCUCCCUCCCUCCCCGCCUCCAAACCCAACCCAACCCAACCCAACCCCUCCGCUUCCAGAUCCCUCCACCAACUGCCGCCCCAGAUCCCGAUCCGUCCGGCCGCGGCACAUGUCCGCCGCCGCCACCGCGCGCCUCCUCGCCGCCCUCACGGUCGCGACGCUCGUCGUGGCCGCGGGGGCCGCGUCGUGCCCGCACACCAACCUGACCGCCAACUUCUCGGCGGACCUCAGCAUGCUGCAGCACCAGCUCCGGGGCACGGUGCGCCUCGCGCCCGACGGCUCCUGCGCGCUCUCCCUCACCCGCUUCGACCUCCUCGCCGCCUCCCCCUCCGCGCGCUUCUGGGCCGCCGACGGCGCCACCCUGUCCGACCUCGCCGCGGGCCGCGCCUUCUCGCCGCUCCCGCUCAACCGCACCUUCCGCAACGCCACCCUCAAGCUCCCCUUCUCCCGCCCGCUCCCGCGCCUCCUCGCGCUCUUCGACCCCGACACCUCCUCCGACCUCGGCCACGCCUUCCUCCCCAACGGCACUGGAUCGGAGCUCGACACCACCGCGCCCGCGCCCGUGCCCACAAUGUUCGACAACUGCAUCCCCCUCUCGGAGACGGAGACCUACCGCCUCCGCUGGACGCUUAACGCCUCCGCCGGCACCGUCGAGAUCGGCCUCGAGGCGGUCGUGGGCUCCGAGUACUACAUGGCAUUUGGGUGGGCGGACCCCAAGGCCAACUCACCCGCCAUGGUCCAUGCUGACGUCGUUGUCGCCGGCUUCACCGAGGAAGGUAUGCCAUUUGCCGAGGAUUACUACAUAAGCGACUACACUGAGUGCACGCUGGAGAAGGAUGGCUCGCCGGUGUCUGGGGUAUGCCCAGAUAAGGUCUAUGAGGAUGGGAGGAACGAUUCGAGGCUGGUGUACGGCCACCGGCGGGAUGGGGUGUCCUUCGUGAGAUAUGCAAGGAAGCUUGAUACCGAGGAUGUCAAGUAUGAUGUGCCGGUGGAUGCCACAGAGGAGAUGACGGUGGUUUGGGCUAUCGGGAAGCUCCGGCCGCCAGACACACUGCGACCGCACUACCUCCCGCAGAACCAUGGGGGGCCGAGGGACACGACCUUUGGGUUUGCCAGGCUAAAUUUGUCAGAGACAGUGGACAAUUGCCUUGGACCGUUGGAUGCAGACAAUAAGGAGGAUCAGGAGAGGAUCAUCGCGGAUGGGAAGACACCACUUGUGGUGACAUCUGCUCCAGCAGUGCGCUACCCAAACCCACCAAACCCUGACAAGGUGAUUUACAUCAACAAGAAGGAGGCGCCGCUGUUGAAGGUUGAGAGGGGCGUGCCAGUGAAGUUCUCGGUGCAGGCUGGGCAUGAUGUGGCGCUUUAUAUCACUUCAGAUCCAAUUGGUGGGAAUGUUACACUGCGGAAUAAAACUGAGGUCAUAUAUGCUGGUGGGCCUGAUGCUCAUGGUGUACUAGCAACCCCUAAAGAGCUUGUUUGGCUGCCCGAUCGGAAUACACCUGAUCUAGUCUAUUAUCAGUCAUUGUAUGAACCAAAGAUGGGAUGGAAGGUUCAAGUGGUUGAUGGAGGCCUUAGCGACAUGUAUAAUAACAGUGUUGUUUUGGAUGAUCAGCAGGUUACAUUGUUUUGGACUCUGUCUGCAGAUUCCAUAUCGAUAGCAGCCCGAGGCGAGAAGAAAAGUGGAUACCUUGCUAUUGGGUUCGGGAAUGGGAUGGUGAAUAGCUACACGUAUGUCGGCUGGGUGGGCAAUGAUGGGGUUGGACAAGUAAAAACUUAUUGGAUUGAUGGGAAGAGUGCAACGGGUAUCCAUCCAACGUCAGAGAAUAUAACAUAUGUCCGGUGUAAGUCGGAAAAUGGAAUUAUUACAUUUGAGUUUACACGUCGUCUUAAACCUUCUUGUAGCGGGAGAGUAGAAUGCAAGAACAUCAUUGAUCCAACCACACCCCUUAAGGUUGUUUGGGCCAUGGGUGCAAGCUGGUCAGGAUAUGAUCUGACAGACAGUAACAUGCAUUCGGUCACAAGCAGUCGCCCCAUACGUGUUUCGUUGUUGAGAGGUUCAGCUGAGGCAGAACAGGAUUUGCGUCCCGUUCUGGCCGUUCAUGGGUUUAUGAUGUUUGUUGCCUGGGGCAUCUUGCUUCCUGGUGGAAUAAUGGCUGCCCGGUAUUUGAAGAGCUUGAAAGGUGAUGGGUGGUACCAAAUACAUGUCUAUCUGCAGUAUUCAGGAAUUGCUAUAAUGUUUCUUGGCGUCCUUUUUGCUGCAGCCGAGCUCCGUGGUUUUUCUGUCAGCUCCGUGCAUGUUAAAUUUGGUGUACUUGCUCUACUAUUGGCAGGUUUUCAGCCGUUAAACGCUAAAUUCCGGCCUAGUAGACCAGCUAAUGGGGAGGUUCCAUCCCGGAAUCGUAUCCUGUGGGAGUACCUGCAUGUUAUCACUGGCAGGUCAGCUAUUGUUGUAGGAAUUGUGGCACUUUUCACGGGAAUGAAGCAUUUAGGCCAUAGGUAUGACAGCGAGAAUGUAGAGGAGCUCACUUGGGCCUUAAUGCUGUGGGUGCUUUCAGCUAUAGUUAUAGUGCUGUGCUUAGAAUAUAAGGAGGUCAAACGAAGGAGCAGUGACAGAAGCAUCAGAGGGCACUGGGUGUUAGGUAACAGCGAGGAAGAUGAUUCAGUCGAUCUUUUGCAUCCUGACAGUACAGCCAGGAAUUCAGAAUCUAGUACUUCUGGUUUAAUGGAGGUGCAGCUUGAACCUCUCACGAGAUGAUGCGGAUCAAUCUGUUUUUCCCAGUGACAGAUACAAAUACACCCGUCUCUGUAUUCUCCUUUUCUGCUUCAGAGGAGUCUCGACUGGAGUUUUCAUGGUUAAUUUUAUUAUGGCAGAAUGGUUCCAUGCUAGACAAGAUGGUGUUCAAAUUCUGUCUUAUUUUCGUGCAUCACACUGCUUACAUUGUAUAGUGUACAUUUUUUGACAAUAGACAGGUACAAUGCGGCAUUGGCCUAGUGAUUAUUCUUUUAUAGAGGAAAAGAAUUAAUCGAGGUGCUGAUUUGAUUUA